UGUCUGUACGAGUGCUCACCCAAUCUGGGGCCCUGGAUCCAGGAGGUGAAGCAGAGCUGGCGCAAGGAACGCUUCCUGGAUGUGCCCUUAUGCAAAGAGGACUGUCAGCAAUGGUGGGAGGACUGCCGCACGUCCUACACCUGCAAGAGCAACUGGCACAAGGGCUGGGACUGGAGCUCAGGAUUUAACAAGUGUCCGGCUGGAGCCACCUGCCACACAUUUGAGACCUACUUUCCCACACCUGCAGCCCUGUGUGAGGGCAUCUGGAGUCACUCCUACAAACUCAGCAACUACAGCCGAGGGAGCGGCCGCUGCAUCCAGAUGUGGUUCGACCCGGCCCAGGGCAACCCCAACGAGGAGGUGGCGAGG